AUGUUUACACCCAUCGAAACCACCAUUGGUGCCUUGUUAUUACAUCAAGCGUCUAGCAAUCUGCUCUACCAGAAUGGUAACAUAUUGGGAGCCAGCGGAUUCCUACGCCAACUUCUCUCGACUCCCACGAGAGAACAUUUUGCCUUUUUUGCUGGCAUGGCCGCCAGCUACAUUCCGCUGAAAGCGAUAGCACCGCAGCUAAUCACUAGCUACCCUGCUGUGCAGAUUGCUUCUCCAGCGUCUCUUGCCACUGUAGCCAUUGCUGCUCUGAUAGGAUGGGGAACGAAGAUGUCCAACGGUUGUACUUCUGGACACAUGCUGUGUGGUCUCUCGAGGCUGAGUGGCCGCUCUGUGGUUGCCGUCGCUUCGUUCUUUCCCACAGCCAUUAUCACGCAUCACCUCGCUCAUCCGGACCUCUUUACUUCUGCAUGCCUCGGCAAUGUGCCAUGCUACACUCCCGUAUACCCGACACCAGAAGCAAUUGUGUCUCUCUGUUUGCUCGCAGCUUCUAGCAUAUUCGCAGCUCAGACAGUACCCAACAUAAUCGCUCAGAUGACGGAUUCAAACAUGACAAAGUACAUGAAGGAGCCUCCAGAUGAGCCUUACGCAGCUGCCCGUAUCACCACACAAUUCUUCUCGGGGUUCCUUUUUGCGCUUGGACUGCAUAUCUCACAAAUGUCGCACCCCGCCAAAGUUGCAUCUUUCCUGUCUUUUCCUGUCUUGGAACGCUGGGAUCCAUCGCUCGCGCUAGUGAUAGUAUUCGGUGUGCUACCCAACCUUAUUGAGAACCGGAUCAAGGGCUUCGAUCACCCGCCUUUGUUUGCAGACAAGUUUGCGUUGCCAACCAAGACCAUCCGAGACAUAGAUGUGAGGUUUCUGAUGGGAGCCAUGGCCUUUGGUGUAGGCUGGGGCCUAACAGGGACAUGUCCAGGGCCAGCUGUACUUCGAGCCUUCGCGCAGCCAAUGUGGGGACUUUCAUGGAUAGGCGGGUUCUGGCUUGGCGGAAGAUUGGGUUCCCUAUAA